AUGGCUAAUUCAAUUGCACUGAAGAACUAUCACAAGGUGUUGAAACGAUACACUACAUUGGCCAUCAAGCAUCGAAACCCAACGAUUGUCAUUCCGGAUUGCCUUGUGUAUCGGUUUAAGCAAAACGGUACCUGGAAGCAGCUAGCACUAAUCUGUCUACGCCGAGAGGACCUGCUUAACGUGUUCAUGGAAUGGGCGUACGAUCUGGCCGAACGGAAUCUGAAACAGAAGUACCUAGCGUAUGGAUUCCGCUGGCAGAAGCACACGACUUACGUGAAUUUGUUCAUGUACUGGGCGCGCUACCUGAUUGCUUACGAUCCGACCAACUACAUCCCGUUCGGCUACGUAAUGUUUCGAUUCGAUUUCGUGCUGGGCCAUACCAUCGUCAACAUUUACGACCUACAUGUGGAGGAGCAGUACCAGCGCAAAGGCAUUGGGACCCAUCUGAUGAUCACGCUGGAAGUGCUUGCCCGCCGUUUCGGAAUGCAGCUGCUGAUGGUGGCGGUGGCUAAGAAGGAUGUUGAUUUGAAGAGAUUUCUCCUUCGAUUGGGUUACCGGGCGGAUAGCAAGGAAAGCGCCAAAUAUCCAGAAUGUGAGGUGCUCAUAGCGCCAACGAAGUGUUACAAGAUCAUUAACCAAGGAAGUUAA